AUGUCAGAAUUUCAAAAUCCAUUAAGUGAAAGUGAAUUUAGAGAAUUAGAAAGUUUAUUAAAAACUGGAGACCCAUAUAAAGUUUUAGAAUCAACAAUUCAAGAUGAUAAAAAGAAAAUUGAAAAAAAGUAUAAUGAAUUAGUUAGUGAAGAAACUAAAACUACAAAAGAGAUAGAAGCCAUUGAAAAUGCAUUCAAAAUAUUAGGUACUGAAAAAUAUAGAAAUGCCUAUGACGAAUAUUUAGCCAGAGCCGAUAUCCAAGAAAAGAAAUUAGCUGAAUCAUUAAAAAAUGUUAAAACUGGAUUAUUAUCAAGCCUUUGUAGAUUAUUAGCAACUCCAUUCCAAAAUGUAUCAAUUUUAGCAAAUUCACCAUUCACACUAACUAUUAAAGAUACCAAUGAAAUGGUUAAAGUACUCUAUUCACUCAAAGGUGUUAGAGGAUUCUACCGUGGUUUCAUAUUCAACAUUUCAACCAUUUCUAUUGAAUUCUUAAGAGUGAUUUUAUUAGGACUCUCUAAAAAACUCAUUGAUGGUAGUACCACCAAAGGAAAAAAUCAAGAAGAUAACGACGAACCAGUAUUAUUAUUCAUUGAUAAACUCACUCAUUUACUCACAGCAUAUCCAGUUAAAAUGAUAAUGGAUUGUUUAAUUCUAUCACCAUUAUCAAUGGGUGUUGCAGAUGUUAUUAAAUCAUUUAUUAAUAGAAAUGGUGUUUCAGAACUCACCAAAGUAUCAUUUAGAUCUAAUAGUAUCUUUGACUCAUUCUCAUUAAGUAAUUUAUAUUAUGGUGCAAUUUAUGUAAUUCCAUUAAUGAUUGCAUCUCAACAAAUUAGAAAAUUUGUAAAUUUUUCAACAUUGAAAUUAAAGAAUUACGUUGAAGAAAGACAAGACACCAUUAAUCCAUUCAUAAAGUAUUCAUCUUAUUUACUUACAAAUGUUAUAUCAACAUCAAUCAUUAAAUCAGCCUUAACUGCACCACUCUAUGUCUUGUCAUCCUGUUAUCCAAGUCAAUUAAUCUCUUCAUAUAUUCAAGGUGUUGAAGUGCCAGCUGCAAUAAAUCCAAUCACUUUAGCAAUUCAACUUUAUCAUCAUAAUGGUUUAUCUUACUUUUAUAAAGGUAUAGUUCCACUCACUGGUUUUAGAAUAUUUGAAAGUUUAGCUCGUAUUUGUAAUCCUGCUCCAAUUGAUACUUAUUUUGUUUCUGAAGUUGUUUUUGAAUAA